ACGACACUGCAGACAUUCAAAAUGGCUGACCAUUCAGCUGUAAUUGUUGAUGUGGACGAUAUUGACAAGGUAAAUACUAUGAGAAAGAAAACUGCUGAAGAUGAACUGCAAUUCCAUGAUAUUGAUCAUAGUCUGUCAGGAUCAAGGAAAGAUGACAUAGAUAUGGAGAAAGCGCAGACACACACAUUUUCCAACUUUCCUCAUUCUGCAGAAUCUGAUGAAGAAGAAGGAGAUAAAACUGAGCUGCUGAAAGAUGAAAAGCGACUUUAUCCAUUUUGGAAGUUUGAUUAUUAUCAACAAUUUUUUGAUGUGGAUUCCAACCAAGUGUUUUGGCGUAUCAUGGGAUCUAUGACACCAAAUCCAAGAAGAAACUUUUUAAAAUCUCAGAUUCGGCCAAAUCCUGAUUUGUAUGGUCCAUUUUGGAUAUGUACAACUUUAGUAUUCACCACUGCAAUUGCUGGUAAUCUUGCUAAUUAUUUUCAAUCGAAAGGACAAAAUUACCAUUGGCAAUAUGAUUUCCACAAAGUGACUUUUGCUGCAACUGCAAUAUUUAGUUAUUGGUGGAUAAUCCCAACAAUGUUAUUUGGAUUAUUAUGGUGGAGAGGAAGUAGUGCUGGCUACAGUUUCCUGGAAAUGAUCAGUGUUUAUGGAUAUUCGUUGGCUAUUUACAUACCUAUUUCUAUACUUUGGGUUGUACAAAUAAACUGGUUUCAGUGGUUAUUGGUAAUCAUUGGUGCUUCCCUGUCUGGAGGGGUGUUACUCUUUACUUUCUGGCCUGCUGUUAGAGAAGAUGAGAAAAAGAUUGCCUGGGGUGCUAUGUUUUUGAUACUGUUGUUUCAUGCUCUGCUGGCUGUGGGAUUUGUGCUGUAUUUUUUCCAUGUUCCGGCGCCAAUUCCUAGUGGUAGUGGUACUACUACUACUACUACUACUACUACCACCACUACUGACACACCUUUGACAACAUCACACAGAUAAACAAAAAAAAAAAAUGAAAGAAUCUAUUUCAAUAAAGCUAAGAAAAGCAUUAUUCAAAGAUGUCAACAGAGCUGUAAACAAUUCCACUGUGUUAUUUGGUGUACCACCCGUCCACAUUUGAGUUACUUUGCACAUAAAAUACAAAAGGUUUCUGAAAGUAACAGUUACAAAAAAUAAGUUUAGUUUUAAAUACAAUAAGAUAUGAGGUCUAUGACUUUAGAAUAUACUGGAAGUAUUUCUAAUGUAAGGGAAGGAGUUUAAUUGAAAACUAUAUUUGAAAUCAUCAUUCAUACAAGAAUAGUUUAAUUUAUCAUUUUAGAACAUUGCUGUAUUUAAUGUUUUUCCCCCAUGUCCUUACCUGGUUGGGGAACUUUGUGAAAUGAAUCUUAUGGUGGAAUUUGAAGGUAUAUCAUGAUAGAAGUGGUUUGACCUAGUAUUCAUUGGACAGUCAAAUUAUGUUGUUAAGUCAUUUCUUAUGCUUAAAUGACUUUUCAUAGUAAAUGAAAUCACCUGAAAACAGAAGCAUAGCACUUAAAAUGUUGAAUACAUUUCAAAUUUUUCAGAUAUUUUAAAAUCACAGAUUUCACCACAAAAUUUUCUUUCACUAUAUAUACUAAUAAAAUGUAUUCUUUUAUUUAUAUUAUGCUAAAUGAGUAUGGUCCUCUGUUUGGUUAACCAAUUUUCUCCAGAUGCAUUACUAUGUAAAUUACUUUGAGUUAGGAAAAAUAAACUAUAUAAUUUGGGAGAAAUACCCUCAAAAUUUAAAUGCCAUGAAUUAAAAAUAGGAAAUAAAAAUAGAUUUUUAUUUAUUACAAAUUAUUUUUUUUUGUUUACAGGUAAUGGUGAUAAAAUAAUAAUAGUUUAAUUGCAAAUAUACCAUAUUAAACUCUAUAUCUCUAUUCAAAAUAUUAUCACAUAUUUCCAUCUUUUAGUUUCAACCACAACAUUUAAAGCCCAUUAGAAACCUUGUACAUACAUACAUAUAUAUAUAUAUUCCUGAAUUGAAACCCAAUUAAAUAUGACCCCAUAGAGAUAGGGCUACCCUUAUCUUCAAAGAAUUUUAAACAUGGAAUAUGAGUGAUGUAAUGAAACCCCUCUGUGACUUGGAACUAGAACCUUCCAAUUUUUGGUUUUUAAUUUCUUUAAAGACUUCAGUUUUGAAACUCAAAUUCAAGCCACAUCUUUUCGUAACACUUUAUACUUUUCAUUUACUAAAUGUUUCCAUAUGGUUUUUUCAAGUUUUUCAAUUUAUAUCUCUCAUCUCAUUAUUGGAAAUGGCUUAUAUUUAAUUCCUGAAUAUAUAUAUAUAUAUAUAUAUAUAUAUAUAUACUCAUGUAUGUAUGUAUAUACACACAUUUAUAUACUAUACUGUAGGAUAUGUAUGCUUUCUGUGACAUAGUCAAAGGUCUCUAUUCAAUCUAAUCUGGUUUAUAUUUAUUUCAAUACCAGAUGAUCGUAUUUUCAAUCUACUAAGUCUGAAGUGAGAUAUUCUUUCAUAUUUAACAUAUGGCUUAUAUACUGCUGCAAAUAUCUAAGCCUUUGGAAAUUAUUUUUAGAACUUUCAAUAUCUUGAGUUUUUUUUUGUUUUUGUUUUAUUCAAUGUAUAAACAUCGAAGAUUCUGGUUUUUAUAUCAUUUUUGACGUUUCCUUCCCAACUCUGUCCGUUAAAACCCUAUCUAAUUUUUUUGUGUUCUUCAUACUAUUUUUGGACUUUAUAUUUUUAUUAUUGGUACAGACUUUGUGCCUAUAGUAGGAAUAAUUAGUAUUAUUAUUGGUGGUAUUGUUGAUAUGUAAAAAUAUGUAAAUUAGUUACAACGGCCUCUUAUUAUUUAAUAUCUUUUUAGUUAUUUUUUUAUUUGUGCCCUUAAAACAUUCCAUAAGCAGCUUUCUACAGCCUUAGGACUGAAACAUAUAAAAGAAUAAAUAUAUAUACACACACAUAUGCAUACUUUAUAUAUAUAUGUGUGUGUAUGUAUGUAUAUAUAUAUUUAUUUAUACACACACUCAUAAUUUUAAAAUAUGGCUGUUAAUACCUUCUAAAUAUAUUUGUUCCCCAUUAAUUUUGGGCAUAAACAGGACUUUCAACUUAAUCUGUCUGCGAUAACUUUUGUUACGGUGCCAAGAUUUAUAAAGCUUGAAUUGAGAAAUUCUCUUCAGAAAGUCAUAUUUAUCUUGAAAAUAUCAGCUCAAUGGCUUUUUUUUUUCUGUAAUAUUUUAUUCAAUGCAACAAUUUUACACACAAAAAUAAAAUUUAAAAUAAAAAAAAUAUGCUUCUACACAUUAUCUGCUAAUAACAAUAUUUACCAGUGAAGAGAUUUUGUCUGGAAUUUUCAAUAUUGUUAUGAACUAUCCACACUGUGUCAAUAGAAGUAGCUAAAACAGUUAUCUGAAAAUGCAAAACUAUCUAAUAUUGUUGUAUGCACCACUUUUCCUUCAAGUGUUUUCAUUGGCCUGCAUAGAUAUUUAUCAACGCAUUUGAAUGACUUGUAUGGAUUGGUAUGUAAUAUUCAACUAGGAUUUCUUGUUUUCUUUUUUGUUCUUCUGCUGCUCCUAUGGAAUCACCACACCUUGUUGAAUACUCUGUUUUUGGAUUUCAGAGCAGAAAUCAUUGGAAUUUUAUUGUAACAUUUCUUCUACAAUAUUGAAACAAAAAUGGGCAUGAAAUUAAGAAGCAAGUGAAACCUAGAUAUGUACACAUGUAUUAUAUGCUGUGUUAUGUUUUAGGCUCUGAGGAAGCUAUAAGAUGUCACAUGAGCACUCAACUCUUAGUGCAAUGCUUCUUAUAACAGAAACAGUUGUAAGCUAUUGAAAGUAAUUACAUAACUCCUAUUCUUUUGUCAUUCAUUAAUUGAGAUAUAUGCUGUGUUGUGUAUAAAACAGACUAUAUAUAUAUAUAUAUAUAUAUAUAUAUAUAUAUAUAAACACACACGCAUAUAUUUUACUUGCAGUAUAGAACAUAUAAAUAGAUUUCGUACACACAAUCACACACAUUCAAAGUGUUCAUAAAAUAUUUAUGUAGUCUCACUUCUAUAUAAGUAUAGAUAUUCACUCUGCAAAGAUUUUGUGAACAUCCUGUAUGUGCAGACACACAUAAUUUGUUUAUUAAACAUUCCCAGACAUCUAAUUUAUUCUGCUGCCUGUAACCCCAAGUUACUCCAAAAUUUGAAUUAUCCGAUAAUGUUUUCCAGUUUUUCUCUUUAUUUGAAAUCAACAUGAGAGAGUAACCCCUGGAAGAUACCAGCCUCUUCUUAUCCCCUGUGCCAGGUGAUAAUCCCUAUAAGUUUACCCUAGAGUUCAUGUUUUUGUAACACUCUCCUAUUUGGAGAACCAUAUUCUCAUAUAAAAUUGAUACUGAUAAAUACAUUGUGAUGAUUAAUGUGGGUAAUAUUUAUAUAUUCCCUAGUCACCAGUAUUUUAUUUAAAAACUUAUUGUAAUGUAUUUGUCUCAAUAAAUGGGUGAAUGAACUGAAAAACAAAAAAAAAGGUA